AUGUCAUCACCCGUCUCUUUGAUCCCAUUGACGGAUACUGAGGAAUGUGCAGAAAGACUUCUUGAGGCAGCAGAAACACUCGGCUUUGUCUACAUUACCCUCGAGGGCAGUAACAUCCCACCGGAGAAGGUGGAGAGGAUGUUUGAAAUUGUUUGUUCCUUUGCGCUCCUUCCUUAUUGAUUCCACUUCACAAAGCUCGACUGAUGUCUUUUUCAUCUCCCAGUCCAAGAGGGUUUUCGCCUCGCCUAAAGAAGAGAAAGCCAAAUGUCACAUCUCACCCGACAACAAGGGCUGGAGCUCUAUGCACACUGAGAUUUUAGACCCUGAGCACCAACGCCGAGGGGAUUUUAAAGAGUUAGUAUACUGAAUCUACGAUACUCCCUUUUAAUCUGUGCUAGUAACUCAUGGGCGAAUAGAGCAUUUAAUUUCGGAGAGUUCAAAGAUGGGAAGGCCCAGCAGCCGCUGCCACCUGCGCUCCAAGACCACGAGUUGGAGUUGAACGAGUUUUCAGAUUAUUGCUACAACCUAUGCCUCAAGCUAUUAAGGUUGUUUGGUAUGGCAUUGAAGGUAAGUCACAGGCAAACUCCGCUAGGAGCAGCAAGCUAACCAUAAAUUCUAAAGAUUGACGAGGCGGAAGGAGGCAAAGAUUGGUUCACAUCCCGUCACUCGCGUUCUGAAGGCCCCUCUGGGUCUACCCUUCGACUAUUAUUCUAUCCGAGCUUAGGUGCCCAUCCAGAUUUUGACCCUAAACUUGAUACUCAGGCUGGUGCGCAUAGUGAUUAUGGCAGGUGCGUCUAGACCCUGCUUUAGCUACCUCCAAGCGCCGGUACUAACUCUCAACCCGAGCAUCACAUUGCUGUUCCAACGCCCCUCCGAACCGGGGCUCGAGAUCCUCCAUCCACAUCUGAAGACCUGGCAUCCAGUUCCUGUCAUACCCAAUGCGAUCUUGGUCAACAUUGGGGAUCUCUUAUCCUAUUGGACUGCGGGUCUACUUCUGUCAACAGUACAUAGAGUCGUGAGCCCUGAUUAUGGAACCGAGGGUCCUAAAGACCGUUAUAGCAUGGCUUUCUUCUGCCACCCAGCACACCCCACCCUACUGACGCCGGUUCCAAGUGAAUUAAUCAAAUCUAGGGGUGGAAGGGGCGCAAAUGACGCCGAAAGGACAUUAACUUCUCUGGAUCAUCUCAAGAGCCGCUUGUCAUCUACUUACGGAUGGAAAUCAGAACAAGCCUAG